AUGGAUUCUGGAACCCCUGAGAGCCUUUUCCAGGAAAUCACAGCAAUCAAGUCCAUGAAAUCGGGACUCGCAGGAUCACCAGUUGAGGUGUGGGUCGCGAUUGGUGGCUGGACAUUCUCGAACAACAAUACCGACACCCAACCAGUGUUUGGCGACAUUGCACGGUCUGAGAAGAAGAGACAAGAUUUUGCCGAUUCUCUGGUCACUUUUAUGGUCCACUAUGGUUUUGAUGGAGUGGAUCUAGAUUGGGAAUACCCCGGGGCAGGGGAUAGGGGAGGCAAGAAAGACGACACAGAGAACUUUGUCAAGUUAAUUGAGACUCUUCAGAAAACAUUCAAGAAAAGUGCUCGUGGUGGAUACGGACUGACAUUCACGAUUCCAUCCAGCUACUGGUAUCUUCGUUGGUUUGAUGUCCCCAAAAUGCUUGAUGCUGGAGCGGACUGGGUCAAUUUGAUGUCCUACGAUUUGCACGGCGUAUGGGACCAGGAUAGCCCUAUCGGGAGCUACGUACACGGCCAUACAAAUUUGACGGAGAUCAAAGAGAGCGUCAACUUGCUCUGGCGUAACAAUAUUCCGCCAGAAAAGGUCAUUCUGGGGACAGGGUUCUAUGGACGAUCUUUCCAGCUCAAUAGCAUCGACUGUACCGCACCGGGAUGCCCCUUCAAGGGGGCUGCCAAGAAGGGAGAGUGCACCGGUGAAGGCGGCAUUCUCGGCUGGUGUGAAAUCAAAGAUAUCAUGAAGAGCCGAAACAUCACACAGAUCCAUGACAAAGACGCUGCAGUCAACUACUUCACGUUCGAUAAGGAUCAGUGGGUUUCGUAUGACGAUGCCAAAACCUUCCAGCAGAAAGUCGACUGGGCAAACUCCGUCGGUCUGGGGGGUCUGAUGAUCUGGGCAAUUGAUCUUGACGACGAGGAUUUCACCGAGCUUGGAGGCUUGAUUGGCCGUAGCCCUGGCAAGGGAGUCGACAAGAGUCUGGUGAAAACAAAAAGGCAGGCUGCGAGCUGGUCAUCUGAUAACGGUCAAGAUUGCUACGCUACGGCUUGUGGCAAGAAAUGUAAAGCUGGGGAGGCUGUUUUGGAAGACAACUUUCGUUCUAACUGCGAUGGGGAAGCUGGCAAGCAAAUCUGCUGCCCUCGGGACAGGGCACCUCGCAGCUGUCGUUGGAGAGGAGGUAACGAUUGGAGUUUUUGCCACGGCCAGUGUCAUAAGGGUGAGCUCACGCUUCUCUUGGACAAGCAUGGCGACUCGGUCUGUACCUUCGGAAGACAGGCAUACUGCUGCACAGCCGAUCGGUACAAAGGGCUUCUAGAGGGCUGCAGCUUAGGCAGCUGUGGAGGAUCCUGCUCCAAAGGGACCACGGAGGUUGCCAAACAAUAUGAUUUUGGCAGCUGCUGGAACCAUGCAAUCCAUGGAUACAAGCGACCCUGGUGCUGCAAGGUGCCUCUUCAAGAUUGCCAUUGGGUCGGGAAAGGAAGCUGCGAUGAUAAUAAUUGUGACAAUGACGAUGUCCAAUUGUCCCUCAGUGGUUAUGGUGAUUCCUCGACGUUAUGUGGUGUUGCUGGACGCAAGAAGAGUCUGUGCUGUGCGCCACCAGACAACGUCGAACCGUUCAUCCCGGUGGCCCUGGAGAAUCUCUUCCCAGAACCCCCCCCUAUGACGGACCCUGUCAAGUGGGAUUUGCAACUCCUAGGAGGAUAUGCAAGCAAUGGAAAGACGACAUCACAUGUUCAAAUAACAAAUCCAAAUGAUGGGGCGUUUGGAUUUGUAUUGAUCUCCGGUCCUAAAAAUAUCGUCUCGAGUCUCUCGAAGCGAGACGGCUCUCAUGUCGAGUUUGUCGACUGCCCUUCCAUUGUGUCAUCAGAGCGCCAGAAAACUCGCUUGAUUUGCACUAAAGAUGGGGAGGAAAGUAACUGCGAUGAUAUUCUAGAGGGCGGAGUCGAGGGAACAGUCGUGCGCAUGCCGGAUAACUGCGGUCUGGGAGCAUAUGCCGUUGCUCAUUCCCUGAGCCCGUCUGAGAACCAAACACUUCCACCAGACUUGGCAAAGAGAAUGCCGAGUAGCAGGAUGGUCAUGGAUCUGGAGCUCUCAUACGACUUUACACUCAUGAAGCGGUCUAAUGAGAAAGUCCAACUUCGCGUUGACUACUCCAAUCUUCCAGGAUACUGGAAUACAAUAGUAGAUAAGCCGGGGGAAAAAAGCAAGCGAGAACUUUUCUCACAACACGAUCCCAUGGACAAACGAUUCUUCUCUGAUGAUGCAGCAGACUGGGCUCGUAAAUUUGAUAGACUUUCCAAAAACCACAUAGACUACUACACCGAUCUCUCAGAGCCGGCAUCAGAAGUCAUCAUCGACGAGCAGCUCCAAUGCGAAGGUGACUCAUACUUACAGAUCGAAUCCAACGGCACCUGUACGCUCAAAGCGAGAUUCGGGUUUACGAUGAUCGGCACUCUACAGCCUUUUCAGAUUGAUGAGGCGUAUGGGUUUGUAGAUCUAAAAUUGGAUCUGGAUGCCACAAUCAAUGUUACUGGCUACGCGGCGGUCGACACCGAAUAUAAGACCAGACCGGCUCAUACCACCCCCAAUUCGGAUAUCGUGUUCUCCCACCCGGGCAUUGUGUCGUUUAAACCAUCUUUUGAUAUCCAGAUUGGCAUCAAAGGCGACAAUUCCUCCUUCGCUGGAUCUUUCGUCACCCACUUUCGCACCCAGACGGACCCAUUUGAGAACGAUGGAUGGAUGCGAUUGACAUUCCCGUAUGGUGCUGGUGGUACACGCGGUGGUCUAAAAGCCUCCAACAUUGGGAGGAAUUUCCAUGGAUACAUGCAUACAGAUAAUGGGAAGGUCGAGGUUACCCUAAACCCAAAGUUCGCAAUGGAGAUCGACUUCGACCAAGAAAGCUCCACGGCAAUCACUGGAAGCAGAAGGCGUGACAUUCAAGCCCGAGGGAGUAGCGACCUUUUGACCAGUUAUCUACUAAAUGUCUAUACCCCAAACAGACUUAUCUGGGGUCCGAAGGGCGUCGAUCUCCUCAUGGACUCAUUGUAUUACUCCCUGACGAAUUCUGGAAAAGGCUCCAUCGAGUCUUGGGAUAACAUGGUCAGCCCAGGAUCUGCCGUCGGCAAGCAACCAGGGGGAGCUCGCCUGCAUAAGCAGGACAAGGACGGUAGCUAUAUUCCGAAGUACAGGAACCGUCACUGGCCCUGGACCAUGUUCAAGUCCGACAUCCUCAGCUGCCCCCUUGACAAGGAAGAUGACGAUGACGAGCUCCGUUGCGAAGCCAUUGACUUAUGCGAAACUGGGCACAUUGGCGACUGCGACGUCGACCAGCCUGGUGCCCACCGGGGACGCGCAUCUGAUCAUCAGAAGCGUGAUCCAAUCUUUGUCAACGGAGGCGUUCGACCUCCCUAUAACUCAAGGUGCCUGGCUGAAGAUACCGGAAGAAAGCUUGGAUGGUCCUAUGAGAAUCUUGAGUACCCAACGCAAUCCGACUGGAGUGGGGAUGAUUACCACUACGACAACUCAUUGGACACUACAAACGUCAACGAUUGCACAGAUAUAACUGUGAGCGGGCACGUAAUUCCUAAUGGCCGUUAUUACGUCACUGAGCACAUCAUGGAGCUCCAGACACUGAAGUUAUUCUUCAAUGAUGUAGCUGACAACAUAUUUCCCAACGGAACGAGCUCGGGCUACCCUCAGAUCUACUGUGGAUUUGUAAAGAGUCUGACCAAACCCCUUUUGAACAACCCGCCGACGACGCCAGGAAGUGAAACCAACAGUGACGUCCCCACGGUUCGUCUGAUGCAACUCCAUGGCUGGAUCGAAAACUGGGAGCAUUUUGCCCAUUUAGAGAGGCAAAUCAAUCAGUAUAAGGCAAAUCUGUGGGGUAAAAAAGAUAGCUAUACGGCUCUAAAACGUAUAGAGUUGAACAGGAAUCGCGAUCGAUGGCGGGAAGGACUCGCCAACAUUCGCGUGACCUUCAACGUCUUUGCCUACCUCAACUUCCCCACCGUCCACGGCAACCUGACGGGAACCUCGAAUCGGAUCAAGGAAGAGCUGCAGCGCGACGAUACAGCCUGGGUCGCGGCUGCGAAUGGAAGAUCGCCCACGCGCAUCGCUGACUACUGGAGCGACUGGUUCAAAGCCCACUUGCAGCGUAUGCAGAACGACGGCAGGGCCUGGGUGACCCUGUGUAUCCAGGAAAUGCGGGCCGCUUGGUCUGCGGCUGACCCCAAUGAGCUGAGAACGCAGUAUGUCCUGGAUGCAUUGCAGUACUUUGAGUCGCAACGACAUCGAAUCACUGUGAAUUUGAAUGAUCUAGAUUGA